CAAAUUAACCUAAUCGAACGCGUCUGCUCACCGGCUCUUCGUCUACCUAGUCACCGCGGCUUCUUCCGUGCGUGAUUGUUUCGAAUCCCAUCGGCGAUUGCGAGGCGAUUCGUUUCGAUCCAAUCGAAGCUCUUCUUCUUCCCCUCCGCUCCCAUGGCAACGAUCGGUAAAAACAGCAUUAACGCCAAGCUCGUCUUGCUGGGCGACAUGGGCGCCGGGAAGUCGAGCCUCGUUCUUCGAUUCGUCAAGGGUCAAUUCCUUGAAUUCCAGGAGUCCACGAUCGGGGCGGCCUUUUUCUCACAGACGUUGGCGGUGAGCGAUGCCACAGUAAAGCUUGAGAUUUGGGACACCGCGGGACAGGAGAGGUAUCAUAGCUUAGCGCCCAUGUAUUAUAGAGGAGCAGCAGCCGCGAUAAUUGUGUAUGAUAUAUCAAGAAUGGAUUCAUUUGAGAAGGCUAAGAAAUGGGUUCAAGAGCUUCAGAAACAAGGUAAUCCUGACAUGGUGACUGCUCUUGCUGGGAAUAAAUGUGAUUUGGAGGAGAAAAGGGAGGUCCCAACGGAGGAAGCCAAGGCAUAUGCUGAGGAGAAUGGUCUUUUCUUCAUGGAAACCUCUGCUAAAACUGCCAUCAAUGUGAAUGACAUAUUCUAUGAAAUAGCAAGAAGAUUACCUCGGGCUCAACCAGCGCAACAGCCAGCAGGAAUGGUUCUUUCAGAUAGACCAGCUGAAAGAUCGACCACUUCAGCUUGUUGUUCUUAGGUUGCCUGUCGUUUGUUGAUAAGUGAAGUUAAUUAAAUCCCUGGAUGUGCAACGAGGAGUCGUCAUGAAGUUCAAGAUUUUAAAACAAAAAACAAAAAAAAAACAAUGUGCUACUGGAUUAUCCUGUUUCAUAUCCCCUCUCUGCAAGUUUGUAGACCCUGUAAAUUUGCAUUAUUAUGUUCUUUGUUGAUCUCAGCUUGAUUAUGAUACUUGUAUAGUUAAUGUGCUCGGUUA